AGCAACAUCAGACCAUCCCUUCAGACCAGGAAUGAAAAAUUUAUAGAGGAAGUUGCCAUUGUCAUUGUGAUUGCCACUGUGAAUCGAGGCAUCGAUAGAGCGAGACUCUCAGCGAUAGUGAUACAUCUUCGCACCCUUUGCAAUAAGUAGUUGCACCACGUUUUUUACUCUCUCCACGAAAUUGUAGACGAACCUCGCCAAAAACAAAAUGACGAACGCUUGCGGAGAUGAAAAUAUCACCUCGUCCUUCACGCUCCGUCUGUUCGGCCUUCCCUUCAAGGCGACGGAGGAGGAUUGCAGGGCGUUUGUGGUGGAAAACAGCAAAAGUACGACAUCAAAUGUGACCACGAUUACUAUCCAAACCGUCCAGAUCGGCGCGAAAAAGCCGAAGAAAAACCAGCCGAAACGAGGCGAAGCCUGGGUGAAAGUUUCUGUUAAUGCGGAAGAAGGGAGGAUGAAAACAACUACAGAUAAACAAUCGUUGGUCGAGGCUCUCCACAAGAAGCACAUGCAAGACAGAUUUAUCGAGGUCUCUUUGUUAGAGGAGGAUGGUGAUGGUGUACCACUUCAAGACCAGAAAGCGGAGGAACAAGAAGUUGACCAAACAGGAAGCUUAGCAGAGCCACAGCCGAAGAAACGAAAGCUUGACAAGUCAUCCUCAAUAAACCACACGAACGCGGGCUACACAACGACCAACGCCUCUCCUGCGGCGAGUUGCUCGACGGACGAUGCGUCCCCUAACAUGACAACUGGCGAGGACAAGAACAGCACGGCGGGGAAGAUCGCGCUUCGCCUCUUCGGAAUCCCAUUUACCGCGGAAGCGAAAGACGUGCUGGAGUUUCUGCAAGAAAACUACUACGACAAGGUUGGCAAUAUUAAAGAUGGAGAUGAAGAUACACAAGCUCAUCUGCUCAAGACUUCUAUGCCGAAAGAACAAGACGUGUGGGUGGGCACGAUCCGGAAGUGGGAGCUAGCGGAAACCGAUUGUCAGCCGUGUAAGGGUAUCGAGCGCAAAUAUGUCUGGGUCUGGAAGAACGCAACUUGUGAUGCUACAUAUGGAUUCCAAAAAAAUCUGUAUUGCAUGAGCAGCAAGGGGAGUGUAAGUUUUGCUACGGGAAGAGGGUAUUAUUUGUCAUGCGGAAUAGGCAUCAUCUCUGUGAUGCUAGGGCAUGCAUCACAGACAUCAUGAUGGCUCAUGCAAAACUCAAAAAAAAAAUAAAAUUUGCAUGACAAGUCUCGGAAUCUUCCAGACCCAGACAUUUUUGCACUUGAUAAAGGGGGAAGCUUGGGUUUACAACUUCCUUCCGAAUGAGAAAGCAGGCGCUGCUGCUGAUGUGAUCAAAAUUAUCCAGAAGAAUAUCAGCGACUUGGUAGAGAACAAGUCCAUCGGGAGCAGGUUUAUCAACUGUUCUUUUAUCAUAUCCUGUGCAAAAGUAUCGUACUCGUAUAAAUGCAUUACAAAUUUCCUCAGCAUGAGAAAUAGAAUUUGUAACGCAGACUUCCCUUGGAAACAAGAUUUGUAAUGCAAGACUUGCAUUUGUACGAGUAUGAGACUUUUGCACAGGAUAUAUCAACACGGAGACCAACGAGGUCACCUGGCACGCCACGGACCCGAAAAUGGCGAAAGAACAGUUGGCUGGGAAGCAAGGUGGGAAAAACGCGAUGAAAGGGAAAGGCAAGGACGGGAAAGGCGCUGUGUUGUCUGACAAGGGCGAGCGCGAUAUGGAUUGUAAAUAUGUCUGGUUCUGGAAAGUUGGAACUUGUGAUGCUAACCUUGGACUCUAAAAAAAUCUGUAUUGCAUGACCAGCAAGCAGAGGAGUCCAGUUUGUUCCGCGCAGGGAUGGCAUUUGUCAUGCGGAAUAGGCAUCAAGAAGCUCUCAGAAAAUCUGUGAUGCUAGAAAAUACAUCACAGACGUCACGGGCCAUGUAAAAUCUGCAUGACAAGUUGCAACUUUCUAGACCCAGACAUUUUUGCAUUCCAUACGCGAGUUGUUUGUGCGGUUUCUCCCGUACGAAGCGACGGAGGAAGAUGUGUCGGAGUUUUUUCAACAUGGCCUUGUUGCAAAGCAAGCCGACAGCACGUCAAGUGCAGAUGCUGAUACAACUUCUACAGAGAACAUCAUCGAACGCGUGAAGCUGUACAAGAAAGCGGGGAUGGGGUUUGUCACCUACAGCAAAAAAGAGUACGCGAGUCAAGCAGUAGAGCUCUUCGACAAUGCGAAGUGGAACACGAGGAGUUUGCGGGUGUGUUUGUCCAAAGACAGGGAAGAUUUGAUGAAGGAAAAAACGGCGAAGGGGAAGGGGAAACAGGGCACUAGUAGCUCGUGGGGUACUAGUAGUAAUGCCGACGCAACUUCCUCUACCCAUGGCGCUUAUGACAACGGAUCAAGCGCAGGAACUGAAGUCGAGGACAAAACGAAGUUGUUUCUCUCCGGCCUUCCUUUUGACUGCACGGAGAAGGAUGUGAGAACGCUUCUAGCAGCGAUCGAACCAAAAAUUAUGGAAGAAAAUCAAAAUCUCCAUUGCAAAAUUGAGCUUUUGGUCGAGAAAGAGCGGUCGAAGUUUCUCGGCAAGGCGAUCGCGCAGUUUCAGGAAGAAGAUAGGAGUAUCGCGGAAAAAAUCCAAAAAUACGCAAAUAAUCUGGCAAACGAGCCGGUGAUGCUGAAAAACCGGCUGAUCCGAAUCGCUUUCUGCAGGGAAAAAGCGAAGCCGGACUACAGUAACGCGGAUCCGUUGCUUCCAAAUGGGUCGAAGAAGAAGGUUUACUACCAGCAGUUGUUCCUGAAAUUCCUGCCGUUAGAAGCAAAGGAGUCCGAUGUGCAGAAUUGGCUCAAGGAAAACGAAAUGCGGUUUGAACCUCCAGCGGGAACUGUGGAAGCUGGUAUAUGUCAUCCGGAACCCCAAGACACCAAUUCCGUCCGCAGGAUCAAACUGUGCAAAGACAGCGACGGCUACAGCAAGGGCAUCGGGUUUCUUUUCUUCGAAACGGAGGACGCCGCGUGGGCGGGCAUUGAGGCGUUGAACGGGGCGGAAUUCUGGGAAAAGCACGUGGAAGUCACGUGGGCGACACGGAACACGAGGUGAUAGUGAUUUUUUAUUUUGGGUGUUGUUUUGAGGAUGGACAUGGAUCUUCUCAGGUGCUGAACUUCUGUGCUCCACCUCUCAACAACAGCACAUACUGAACCAGAAGACCUGUCGAAUGCAAAAAUCAUCUUCAUCGCGAAGACUCUAAGUUGUACACAGGGGAUCUUGCUGCACUGAACGAAGAGAACAAGUGAAAUUUACCGAAGGUCGUCGCAAAACUUGUUGCUGAAUUGUAUGUAGCAGAAGCUUGUUUUACUUAAGUAU